AUGGCCCCACAACGCCGUUUCUUGUUCUGCUUUGACCAUCAUUGUUCACUUUCUUCCCUCAUCUCUGGCCUGUUCAAGAUGAACUUACCUGCAGAAAUACCCAAACCGAAACCUCUCCAGACAGAAAAAGUACCUUCUGCCAUGCAGCUCGGCGUCUGGCACGUCCACUACCUCGACGAGUCAUGGGAGGCGUGGUGGCACAAAAUCACAACAUCACUACAGACGCUCCAGCAUCUUACUAUAGACCUCUACACUCUUUCUCCCAUUAUAUUUCCCCUCCUUUGCAUUGCUAUCUUCCUCAAACAGACGAAAUUCGUCCUCAUGUGGUUCAUCUUCAACAGGAUUCUCUUCUGGAUUGAAAUUGGCCUGGUGCAGGGUGAACUGGCUAUGAGUACCAUCAUCUUUCAUGUACUCGGUCGAGCAACCUUGGUCGGAACCUACGCUGCUCUUGACCAUUGGAUUGCUCAAGCGGAAGACAUUGUCUCGACACGUUUGAUUAACCACUUCGAUGCAAUGGUUUUCAAAUGGAAGGCAAGAGCCGACGUCCGCACGUUUCAAAAAAAUUCGAUGGACGCCGACUUGUCUGGCGCCGAUGUUUGGUGGGCUUAUCACCACAUCCUCGAGGGAUGUGGCCGCAUAGUCUCGAUCGUUGUCCAGAUAUAUUGCUCUACAGCUCAUUUCUCCUCGAUCCCGGAGGCCAUUUUUUAUACCGCAAUUUUCUUCGCCAAGUCCCUCGUCGACAUUCUGUUGAAGCCCUCACUAGACAAGAAAUCAUGGGUUGCCACAUCAACGAACAGCGAUUAUAACCGACUUCAUGGGCUGCGGGCGCUCGUGUCUAGCCUUGGACUGAAACAAGAUAUCGUCACUAAUGGGUUGUCGGGGUACCUUGAACGGGAAUAUCGCGAGACAUCUAUGCGCCUUCGGAACACUUCCAUAAAGCACCCAACUACGCAAUAUAUGAAGCAAGGAGGUGUUUCGACGUCGAUCGUUUCAGAGCUUUUUGGCGAACUACAUCUGUUCUAUUUCUUCUUCUCUGCCUUGCGAAGUCCUUCUCAAUUUUCGCUCACCAAGCUGAUCAUGCUUGAGGACGGUGGCGAGACGAUUUCAUGUCAAUCCCGAGAGUUGCUCGCAAACUUCGCAUUCGCUCAGAAGGAGCUGGGCAGUGUCAGAAGGAUGUAUGAACUGGCGGCGAAGCCAGAGGUCCUGGUCGACGGAGAUGUGGACUAUUCGUCUGCAGCUUCUCCGCUGGGUAUGGGUCUGGCUAUGCGCAAUGUUUCAUUCUCAUAUAACAGUGACCCAGAAGACUAUGCGCUCCGCAAUGUUUCUUUUACCAUUCAACCCGGCCAACUCGUCCUCAUCGUCGGAGCGAAUGGGAGUGGUAAAUCCACGCUGGUCAAGCUGCUUACCCGGAUGUAUGAUCCUACGAGUGGGAGUGUCGUCGUGGACGGAAAGGAUAUCAAGGACUUGAAGAAAGACGGGCUUUACCAAGCGACGGCACUGUUACCUCAAGACGCGCACUUGUACAACGGAAUGUCUCUGGCAGAGAAUAUCGGCAUCGGAGAUCCUCGCCCAGAAAUCGUGGCAGAUCGAGAAAGAAUACAGGCGGCUGCCCGAAAAGGCGGGGCGGAAUUCAUUGAAUCGAAAUACAAUGAAGUAUUGGAGCCUACUGCGCCAGAACUCUGGGACUGCAAGUGCGAGGACUCUUACAAGUGCUCCGUAUGCAAGCUUUAUUAUGGCUACGCCAAGUCGAAAUCUCUGUCUGGCGGGGAACUUCAAAGACUUGCUGCCUCUCGAACGUUUAUGCGUAUGGCGAGUGGCAACAUCAAGCUUGUUGUUGCAGAUGAACCUAGCGCAAGCCUCGACCCGGAAGCAGAAAUGAAGUUAUUUGAUGCCCUUACGAGCGAACGCUGCGGGAAGACCAUGGUAUUUGUCACGCAUCGAUUCGGACAUACGAAGCACGCUGAUCUUAUCUUAUGUAUGAAAGGGGGCCAGUUGGCCGAGAAAGGCACACACGAAGAGUUGGUGGCGCUGGAUGGGGAGUACGCCAAGAUGUAUCGCACUCAAGGGGAUGCCUUUAGUUGA